UUCCUUGUAGGAGGGAGCUGGUUUGAGGGCCAGUUCCACAGGUGUGCAUGCCUGCUAGACAGAGAACAGACACAACAGGUGCUCCAGCCCGAAUGAAAAGUGACUGAACUCUGCUUUGCUUUUUCGUUUAGUUGACACAGGAUGUUGUACACGGAGCUGCUGCGGCUGUGGGACGAGGCGGUGAGGGCCAUGGACGCCCGUGACUGGCGCCGGGCCCUGGAGCUGGCGGGCACGGUCGCGGAGCCCAACUCUCGCACCCUGUUCAUAGAGGCCUCCGCCCACCUCGCCCUGCAGGAGCUGGAGCCUGCGCUACAGGCGCUGAACCAAGUCAUCCUCAAGGAUGGACGUCUGGCGGUGGCGUUCUUCCAGCGCUCUGCAGUGCUAUUGCAGCUGGACAGGCUGGAUGAUGCUCUCUCUGACUGCAUCUGGGCUAAGAAACACAUGAGAGAUAAUACAGUGAUAGACUACAGGCAGCUGGGCCUACCCCAUAAACUGUUCAGCUGGCAGGUGGUGUACAACUCAGCAGCUGUGUACUCCCGGAUGGGCCAGUGGGAACAAGCCAGGGAGCUCUUGCUGUCCGCUUCCCAGGAGAAAGGAGCCAUGCGGAGCAGCAGCAUCGCGCCGGGCCUGGAGAGCAUCUCUAGGGGGGAGGUUCUGAACCCAAUCCUGGUGCCAGAGGGGGUUGUCUUCAGGCCCAGGAAACAGGAAGUAGAACAGCUCCAACAGAAGGACUUUCUUGGAAAGGCCAAGGUAAUCACCUCUAUGAUUCCCAACGAUGACUUCGGAGGUUUUGAACCAUUGAGGAUGCAGAAACCAGGAUACUACGAACCCAAAAAAGAGGGAGCAGACGAAACUCGCUACAUGCGCAUUCGUGCUCCUUAUAUGGCCCGGGGGCGGGGUCAGCUGACGAUUCCAGGCGGAGCUACCGUCUUCCUCUACGACGAGGUCGAUAAAGACGGCAUGGCAACUGUAAUAUAUGAUGGACAGAGAGGACUUCUACCCAUGACCCUGCUUGACCCCAUCGACCUGAAGAAAGCCAAAGGCAAGAGGGGAGAUAAAAUUCCCAGCGGGAUUCCCCUACCCCCGGGCGUCCAACCACCCACUCGCCCGUGGUCCCAGCCCACCACAGCUGCUCCCGCCCCAGAGACUCCGCCCCCAUCGUACUCCAACGCGACGCUGAGGAAUCAGGCCAGCGAAGACCCUCCCGUCUUCCUGCCGAACUCCGACAGCAUCGACCAGGAGGAUGUGGCUGACGGGGAGGAGCAGGUGGUGGUGAAGGUCCACUUCACGUACAGCCUGGCUCUCAGCAUCAACCCAUAUGCCUCCUACAAGGAGCUCCAGGACAGGAUUGCCCGGAAGUUGGGCCAGCCGCCGACCAACCUCCGCCUCAGGCACCGAGCGUCUGGCUCCCAACUGCUCACGCCCCUUGAGCCAGGCAGCGGGUCGGGUGAGGAGUCUUACCCACUGCUGCCUGUGGUAGAGGAGGGGAGAGCUACUCUGUGGUGCCAGCUGGAGGACCCUCUGGCGGGCCGUGCCAUCCUCUACCACAUGGUGGCGCUGUACGACUACACAGGCAAGGGUCCUGAGGACCUGGAGUUCAGCGAGGGAGAGACCAUAGACAUCCUUGGAGAAGUUAAUGAAGAGUGGUUGGAGGGACACUGUGCUGGAAACAUCGGCAUCUUCCCUCGGUGUUUCGUCUACAGUGAAAGCGCAGUGGCGGAGAAGUCCAUCCUCUGAGAAACAGGCUAAGACCACACUGCAACCACGCCAUAUCCAGCCUACAACCAGCACAUAACCAGCCUACAACCACAUCCCAACCACAGAAAAACCAGCCUACAACCACAACAUAACCAGCCUACAACCACAUCAUAACCAGUCUACAACCAGAACCUAACCAGCCUACAACUACAUCGCAACCACAGCAAAACCAGGCUACAACCAGACUAUAACACCCCAUAACUCCAAACAGAAGAAAUAUUUAUAGCAGGGGGUUAAGCUGUGGUUUUGUCUAUACAAGUGUAGUUAUUAGUCUAUGGUGAGCAUAUUACUAUUUACUUAUGACUUAUUACUUAUUAUACAGAAAAUGUUCGGACUGAAUUCCUUAUAUAUGUUUGUUUUUUAAUACAUUCAAACUGUUGUUAUGCACCACUCUCUGAUACUAAUCAAGUAAUUAAUUUAGGGACCUUCUCUUCUAGAUUAAUGUGGUUUGGUCCUUUGAUCGUGUCUGAUCUUAUCUUAAAAUACAUAAAAAAAAUCGUAAAAGAUUACUGUUUGACGAAUAAAUUAUCUUUUGGGAAAAUG